UGGGGCAAYCCUUCGCGGCCCGGAGGGSUCCCUCAAGGCSAUAAUGUCCGUGAUCUACGAGACAUCUGGCGACCGCCUUUCCGAGCUGGAGGAUCUCUUUCGCGACGAGCACCCGGCGAUCUCGAUCGGGGAGGCACCCGUCUCGGCCAUUGGCGAUUCCAUCCAGAAGGAGGUUGAGGCCUCGUCGACGGCCGAGCUGGUCCCCCUGCCCUUUCUGUCGCCGACGGCAUCGAGGGAGGAGUGGGGGGUCCGGUUCCUGCUGGUCCAGGCCCAGGCCACGCGAAUGGUGGUGGCCCUGGCCACAUCGCUGCGGAAACUCGAAAMRAGCGAGGCCCGGAAGCAAUGGCUCGCGGGGCUGGCCGCCGAGUACGAGGCCAUCCGGGAAGACCUCGUGGAGUGCGUUGGAUCGAGGAGGGCAGGAGGAAGGGGGUCGGGAGGGGGCAYGGGGAUGAAGGAAAGCCGGGUUGGACCGGAAGGAACUCUGAGGGCAAAUCCAACGUAGAUAGCGAGGAACGACACCGCUGCAAAACGAGGUGCUUCUGUUUUAUUCGCCAGUUUGUUGUAACGCACUAGUUUUCUGCCGUUCGUUGGUAUUUCUAUGGCAGCAAUGUAAAGGAGGCAAGCARUCCAUGGGAGACACUUUUGGGUUUCCCUGGGGUCUUGAUGGAUCGUCAUUUAGAAGUACUAAAGUAUACAUGGAAAA